AUGGAGAAAACCAAUAAGAAGAGGAAGACCAUUGUCCCACCACCCGAGGAAGGAAAGAAGACCGUUGUCCCACCACCCGAGGAAGGAAAGAGGAAACGGGGUGUGAAUUUUUCCCCAAAUGAAAUUAUAAAGUUAGUUGAUCUCGUGGAAUCGAAGUGGUCCGUGAUCAGCAGCAAGUUUUCGGAUGUCAUUACGCUGAAGCGGAAGUCCGACACGUGGAAAGAAAUAACCCUUAAGAUCAACAGUGUGGCAAGCGUCCGGAGAACGACCGAAGCAGUUCACCAUAAAUGGCAUGACCUGAAAUCGAAGGCAAAACAGAAGGCUGCAAAAAUCAAUGUACUGACCAAGCGGACCGGGAACAAACCCCUUGGCGAUGAUGUGUCCGAGUUGACGCAACUCGAGCAAAGGAUCGUAGGCCUAAUCGGUGUCGAAAUGAUACAAGGAAUCGCUACUGGUAUGGACACAGAAGAGCUGGACCUACCUGAAGAUGACAUGAACCAGCAAUACCCGUUUUCCCCGUCUGUCACAGAAGCCGAUGAUGACGAAAUUUCUUAUUUCGAUCAGCAUGCGUCACUCUCACUUCAAAAAUCGAAGGUAGGUUGGUCGUCUGCGGGCGCUCCAGUUUCCUGCAUUACAUUUCGCCCGAUUUGUCUACAGAUUCAAAAGUGCCAUCUUAGGCGCUUGGCUCUUGACGAGAUAUUUCAUCCUUACAUAGCAUUCAAUACUUAA